CGCAGCAGGGGGCGGGCAGGAAACUACAAUUCCUUCCCAGGAGAGACACUCACAACCAGAGCGACAGGCGUGUGAGAUAGAGUGUCGCACAACACAUUACAGACAAUUGUAAAGCAAACGAGGAUACUAACAAUACUGGAUUUAGCAGAGAGCACACAGAAGAUCAGGAUUUCUCAUAUUGGGAGACUCGGUGUGCCAAAAAGUGAUUGUUGGAGAGACAGACUCAAGUGGAUACAAUUUGAAAUAGCAUGAUUGCUUAAAUGGAUACCAUACAGGGUGAGCUGGUAUACUGUCCUGCAAACGAGCAGGAAUGCAGAAUAUCUGCAAAGAUACCAAUCUCUCCAAGUGAAGACACAGGAGGGCCCUGCCUUAAAGUGGAGGAAGAUUAUGAGGAGGUUUCUUUACAAACUGGCAUUGUCCCGGUGUUCAUCAAACAGGAUUAUGAAUCUUCUUCUCAGGAUGCUAAUGACUUGUGCAAACCUCAGGGUGACGCCCCUGCGUCUGACAGAAAAGAGGAAAAUCUGAAGCUAAGCAAAACAGUGAGUGAUGCUAUGCCUGCUCUAGAGAAGUUUCUAUCUAACGACUGGAAGGAAAUACUUCUAGGAAAUUCGACUGUAGGAAGCAAAGAUUUCAAGGGUACUAAGGAAAGCUUGGCUGAGAAGGAGCUGCAGUUGCUGCUUAUGAUUCACCAACUGACAGGACUGAGAGAUCAAUUGCUCAGUGCACAUUCUGAGCACAGAAAUUUGGCAGCCAUGUUGUUUGAAAAACAGCAGCAGCAGAUGGAUUUGGCAAGGCAACAGCAGGAGCAGAUAGCAAAACAGCAACAACAAUUGAUCCAGCAACAGCACAAGAUCAAUAUGUUGCAGCAGCAGAUUCAGCAGGUGAACAUGCCUUAUGUGAUGAUUCCUGCAUUUCCCUCUGCUCAGACUGUUUCAGCAGAACCCCAGAUGUCACUUCCUAUCCAACCUAUUCCAUGCAAGCCUGUAGAAUACCCCAUGCCACUUCUUCACAACUCCCAUGCAGGAAGAGGCUCUGCAUCUGCCAAACACCAGGAAACAUCCCAGCCUUUAAAUUUAACAGCCAAACCCAAAUGUCCUGACCAGUUUCCCAACUCCAGCAGUUCUCCUGAAUUCAGAAUGUCCCCAGUGGGCAGCCAAUGUGGAGGUACCAUGGAUUCUGCAUCUAGCUCCCAGAAAGCAAAUUUACCACUGGGUUUUCUAGGAGAAGGGGAUGCCAUAACUAAAGCAAUUCAGGAAGCAUGUCAGUUGCUUCAUGGGCAGAACACAUCUCCAGAACAUUGUCAACAAAAUUACAGGAAGGAGCUUUUGGAUACCCUGCCAGAGAAGAAUAUCCAGGAUGUGACUUCUCUACAUCACACAGAAGCAUCUCUUUUAAGAUGCAGCAUGGAUAUAGAUGGAUCCCGUGGUAAUCACAUUAAACGUCCAAUGAAUGCGUUUAUGGUGUGGGCAAAAGAUGAGAGGAGGAAGAUCUUGCAAGCAUUUCCUGACAUGCAUAAUUCUAGCAUCAGUAAGAUUCUAGGGUCUCGUUGGAAAUCUAUGAGUAACGGCGAGAAGCAGCCCUAUUAUGAGGAGCAAGCAAGGCUUAGUCGCCAACACUUGGAGAGAUAUCCAGACUAUAAGUACAAGCCGCGCCCCAAGCGCACAUGCAUUGUUGAGGGAAAGAGACUACGUGUUGGAGAGUACAAAGUUCUCAUGAAGAACCGCAGGCAAGAUACAAGGUCUCUAGGAUCUCUACAAUGUCCCCCUUCACCAUCUGGAUUCUCUUCACAGUCUUUGCUGGGCAAUCUGUCACAGUCUCCACAGGAAUGUAAUAUUCAAGUGGUUACCAGUCAGUGUCUGAUGUCACAUGAACUCCAUGGGGCUAUCCAUAUGGCCAAAGAUAUCUGUAGCGACUCUGAAGAUUCUGUAAAGAGUGAUGGGGAACUGGUGGUGAUAACAGACUGAUGAAAAGUAAAAAAAAAAAAAAA